GACAAUUCAGGAAGUGCCCAGCAGUCACAGCUAAACAAAAUGCAAUGAAGAUACUAGUAACUUAGCGGACAAAAAACAGUGUCGGUGCGGUAUAGAAGACAAUUAAUUUGGAUGUUGCCGGACUCCGUAACUAAACGAAUGUUACCAACAUGGACAGAGCUGUCAAAAUCGUCCUUUUCUCGGUCAUUUUUUUGGCAUCGCAGAUAAACUGCCAAGAGGCCAUCUUGCACAUCUCAAAUGGAAAUACAGAGAAGGAUUACUGCAUCGUCCACAAUCAUUCCUGGACACCCCUGUCAGAAACCCUUGAUGCUGCCUUGCAGUAUCCACUGGUGAAUUUGACCUCCACCGUGCUGUGUAACACCUCUGGGGUCAAUCCAGAUUUGGUAAAUGGCAAAGCGGUGGUGGUCAUGAGGGGGGACUGUGACUUCAGCCAGAAAGCUCGGGUUGCUCAGAGCCUCAACGCUACAGCUCUACUCAUCGCCAGCAAGAAAGCAUUGGUAGGUCAAUUAGAGUUACACCAAUCUGUAUUUAUUAAAUAGAUUUCAGGUUUUUAU